GCCGAUACAAUCACAAGUCACGUUGCGCUGUGUACACAUGCUGCUGCUGCAAGCGUGUAUACAUGCAUUGCCUGAAUGCCUGUUCUGCUCUGUUCUGAUCAACAGCCACCAGUGUCACCACCACCGGCCCUCGCUAGCCCUACAUACAGCCGUGUGCCCCUGCGGCUCUCGUCCCCUUUCUUCUUCCCGGUCACAUCUCUCUCUCUCUCUCUCUCUCUCACAAAAGCGUGUGUGCCAGGGGCCGGCCGGCCUGUGAGGCCUGUGAGUCUGCUGCGACCGCGGCCGGCUGACUGACUCUGCCAGGCUAACUGGCGCGCACGCACGCCCGCACGCACACCCUCGCGCUUGGAGCGUUGCGAGGAUCGGAUCACAGUUCACUUUCAGAUCGCAAGGCCACCGCCCACCGGCCGGCUGCUUGCUGCCUGCUCCGCUUGUCGCCAUUGCUGGCGAGCUACUAGCUAGCUAGCUUCCGGGAUCGGACGACGGAGAGCGAGGUAGCCUCUGCGGCCGGCGCCGCCGCUGGCGUGCAGUGACGACGACCGAGCGCGAGUCCGCCGUGCGUGCGAGCUCUUCUCCCGCCGCGCGCGAUGAUGGGCGCCGUGACCUGCCGGAGCCGGACGAGCCGGCGCCGCUGCCACGCCGCCACCGCCCUCCUCGCCGCCGUCCUCUUCGCCGCGGCCAUGGUUGUGGCAACAGGGCGGCCGGUCCGUUUGCCAGCGGCGGCGCUGGCGAGGAGGCGGAUAGACUCGUCGUCGACGGCGAUGAUCAUGAACGCCGGCGGCAGGGCAGCGACCACCACCACGAGGUGGACAGCAGGCGCCGCCAUGGACGACGUCCUCCCAGCAGCAGCCCGGCGGCGGUGGCUGGUGGGUCCGGGGUCGUCGCCGCCGACGUGCCGCGCGCGGUGCGGGCGGUGCACGCCGUGCCGGCCCACCCGCGUGGCCAUCCAGCCCGGCGUCGGACCCCAGUGGGAGUACUACCCGGAGGUGUGGCGCUGCAAGUGCGGCAACAAGCUCUUCAUGCCAUGAUCGAUCGAUCAUCAACAAAAGACGAUGAGAGGGCGUGGAGACGACGACGACGACGAUGAACGACUGCGAAAAAAAAAAAAGGACCGGCCGGUGUGCCGUACGUUGAUUAAUUUUGCCAAGAUUAAGGGUGUACGUGCGUACAAAACGUACAAAAGGGGAGGACGGAGGAUCGAUGAUGGAUUUGGAUGGUGAGAGGGCGGUGAUUGGUUAGGUAAUUAGGCGUGUGUUAAGUGAUGCUCUUUGUCUGUGUAUAUGCAAAUCAGGCCGGAUCUUAUAUUAACUAGUGUACGUCUACAUGUUCUUCUUUUUUUGUUCCCUCUUUCCUUCUUGGUGAAACUGUUUUGCAUUUCUUUUAAUUUCUUGAACAGAAUGAAUGAAUGAAGGUCCUUGUAAUUAAUUAGAUGUUUCUUCAUGGGCUUUUAUUUAUA